CUGCUGACAAGUGAAGAUAAUGGGCAAGAAUCCAGCUUGCCUCUGUGCUGUUAUGCUUUUAAAUACGGCUCAGAGCUCUGGAGUUAAGCCAGGAGUUGCAGUGACCAUCCCCCACUGCUGCAAUGUUGCUGAUCGUCCUAUUGAUUAGCAGUGUGGAGGUAUUUCACACCUUCAGUGUUUGUUUUCUUAUUCAUAUUUUCACUGUUUUAGUUUCAUUUUAC